GAUGAUUGAACUGAUAAAGGUGGUGGUGGUGAUUGAGAUUGUAGCGAAUGCGGGUCCAGAUGAUCAUUCUGUGUAAUCCCAUCUUGGAUGUCAUUUUCCAGUCGUAGGUAUGGUGUGGUUGCGGUAGUAGAUUUUGGAAGUGUAAUUAGUUGAGUAAUGGUGGUGAAUAUGAAGUUGAGGGUACUUAAAAAUUUGGACACCCAAUUAAGGCCUCAUUUGGGAACCCUUCAGUUUAGCCAAAAAGCCAAAAAGUUACUAAAAAAGCCAAAAAGUCACCCUAAAAACCUAUGUACAAUAGCUGCACGGGAAGUCUGCCAACUGUAGUGUAAAAUGACCGUUUUGCCCCUCCUUGAUUUUGUUUAUAUCGUUUUCACCCCUCGCUUUAUGUCAAACAUUGAUGGGAAUAUCUGCAGAGCUAUUAUCACACAGGGUGUAGUAGCUAGAGCUAUUCAGCUACAUCAAAGAGUGAAGAUGAAGAGGGCCCUUCGUUCAAGGCCAGAUCAUUGUAGAAGCUCAAAUCUGAAGAGAAAGACGAACCAAGCGACGACGAUAGUCUGCCAAGGUGAACAGAAAAGCAGUCCCUCCUCCGACGAUCCCCCAAACUGCAGGCCCUAUGUGUGCUUGUGGGUACGGGCAUUGUGUGGUCAAGAUUUCUCGGUCUGCCAAAAAUCCAGGACGUGCGUACUACCAAUGCCCUCGUGGAGUGCCAUGUGUCAAUUGGAUUGGGUGGUGUGACGAAUAUGGCCGACAAAUGCCUCCUGAGAAUGACAGAGACAAUGUUCGUUGUUUUGAGGCGCGUUUGAUUGACAUAGAACAGACUCUGCGUGUACUUAAAGUUGUGACAUGUUUUCUGUCCAUGAUCGUCGUUAUUUUAUUGUUCCGUAUGUAAUAUAUGUAUCCGUGUUUAGAUGGUUACAGUACUAUGCUGUUCGUAUGUAAUAUAUGUAUCCGUGUUUAGAUGGUUACCGCACUAUGCUGUCGGUAUGUAAUAUAUGUAUUCGUGUUUAGAUGGUUACCGUACUAUGCUGUCCGUAUGUAAUAUAUGUAUCCGUGUUUAUAUGGUUACCGUACUAUGCUUUCCGCAUGUAAUAUAUUACUUAUCAUAUGUGUUCCUUGUGUUCAAUGUUGUUUGCGAAGUUGUAGUUUCUGAAUUCUAUGUUCAUAAAUGUGUGCACGACAAUCCCGUUCCAAAACAAAACAUUUGUACAACUUGCGAGCAUCAACAUCUUGCGUUUCUUUUGUGAUUUUAAUAAUGCGAUACGUAAUAUACAAACAUAAUAAUAUAUGGUUCACAUCUUUGCUACAACUAAUGCAUUGCAAUUUACCCAAAUUAUAAUGUACUUAUAGUCGCAUGGCUUCAACUUGAUCCGGUUCUCGUACCCCUUCCGCCAAAGGGAAGGGCCCAAAACCUCAUCACAAAGCAAAUUGGGACUAGAAGAACACAUAUCUUUUUGGAACUUGUUAAGGAAAUAGACGCAGGUAAUAGGCCGCACAUGUCAAUCACUCAGAAUAGGUACCGGUCUUUGUCUAAGACUUAUGAGGCAGCAACUGGAUUGACGCAUACCAUGAAACAACUUAAAAAUAGGUACAAUUAACUUAAGGUGGAGUGGCGUGCAUGGUCGAAGCUAAUGGAUAACCGCAAAGGCCCCACUGGAAUUGGGUUCGACCAAGAGACAGGGUUGAUCAAUGCGUCAGAUGAAUGGUGGGCUAGAAUGGAGAAGGUUGAUAAAGAAAGUUGCAAGUUUAGAACAAAGCGGUUGGAUCAUGAGGAGUUGAUGCGUUGCGUAUUCACUGGGGCUGCAGCAACGGGUAAAAAUGCUUGGACGCCUGGCGAGACGCGAAACCAGUUGGAGGUGGAAGGGGAGUCCGACAGUGUUGACUUUUCUAUGAACAGCAACGAAUUGGGAGUAGCUGAAAUGGUUAACUUGAUUAAAUCCACAACCAUUAACGCAUCAGGUAGUGGCAGCAAAAAGAGGCACUCAUCCGUCACAGCCGUGUAAAAAAGUGAAUCACUGGGGCAGAAGCAUUGGCAACAAGCAUGGAUGAUUUGGUUAAUUCGGUAAAGGCCCAAAGCAAGGGAUUCACUGUAAACCAUGUUGUCGGUGGCCAUAGUGUCACUAUAGCCGAAGCAGUUGGAUGUCUUUAUGAAAUGCAGGGACUUGACCAAAUUAAUCCACUGCUCCAUUUUGGAAUUUCACUUAUGGACGUGCCCAAUAAUAGGGAGAUGGUGAUGAGUAUUCCUUCGGAUGAAGGCAUUAUUGGCUGGCUCCAGGUGAAGCAACAUGGCAAAGAGAGAACAACAAGUGUUCUAACUCUUGCAAGCAUAUAGCGCAAUGAAGGACUUCAUUUCUAAAUAUGUUGUUUUUGUAUUUCCUGAAACUGU